AUGUUAUAAGAAACAUAUCAAAGGUAACGAGACAAGAUUCCGUGAUUUGUUUUCGUGAUUACGCAAUAUACGAUGAGACUCAAUUAAAAUUUUCAAGUGAUGGCACGCAUAAACUUGAUGAAAAUUUAUACGUGAGGCAAGAUGGUACAAUGUCGUAUUUUUUCACCAUUGAAUAUCUCAAGGAUUUAUUUGAAAAGGAUAAAUUGUUUCGAAUGAUUAGUGGUGAAUAUGUUGAAAAGGAAACCAUCAAUAGAGCAAGAGAAUUAUGUGUCGAUAGAAGAUUUGUACAAGCAAAAUUUAUUAGAUUAUGA